AUGGGAUACGCACCAAACGAUCGAAUCGAGUUAUUAGAAAAAGAAACUGAAAUCAAAAAUAAAUCUCUAAUAAUAGCAGAAUGGUUUGGAACUAUUUACUUGAUUUAUACAGUUACUUUGCUCCUUGUCUUACCUGCGGCAGUUAUCGUUGAUAUAUACCGCACAGUCGAAGGGGUACCUGAGUUUGAAGUGAACAAUAUUUUUUAUUUCUUUUGGUUCCUUUUUUUGUACAUUGCAUUACCAAUUUCUCUCCAAGUCUUCUUCAUUCCACUUCUCUUCAUCAAUACUUACAUCUGUGCUCAGGUUUAUUUGAUAAUUAGCAAGCUCCGCCCAGAAUACGAUGGAGAUGAUUUGUAUGAGGUAAUUGAAGGAUCAGAAGGAAGUUCGACAAAGAAAACUGAUGAUUAA